CAAAGUUUGCCCAUGCAUGAUCUAGGAGAUGCCUGCUGCAGACUUUGUUUUCAACUUCCAGUGGAAGCAUGCCACAGAAUUGCACUAGAAGACUUAUAUAAUGCCUAGAGAGAACAUAUUUUUUUGGACACCACUAAGUGAAAUUGUGGAUACCAGUCUCAUUGAUACAGGGGAUCAUACUGCAUUCAGAAGUAGAAGUCCUGCAGUAGUAUAAGGUGGCAAUGGUGAGUUCUCCUGUUCAGUAUGCCUCCCAGUAGCUAUGCCUCUUCCCACAUCCAGCUUCUCAACUAUGUCCAUCCUGUUUUUCUCUCCUACCAGUCAAUUAAGGGUGCCACAUGAUACCAAAUGAUAGUCAUAUCAUGAUACUAUCAUGACUCCUUUAUAUGGAUUUUUGGGAUUUAUGGUUUCCUUUGAGGUCUCUGUUCUAAUUAAGGUGAGAUUACUAGAGGGAUUUCUAUCACCAAAACAUACAUCCCAUGAGAGCAUGGAAUGGAGUUUUGGCAGUUAAACUAGGAUCAAACUGCUUUUACGACACAGAACAGAUCCAUACUAGUUUCUAGUGUCUGUGAAUUGUGCUUUGUCCCCCUCUUGGAGUUCCACCUCCUAUGUAAUUUUUAUUUUCGUACUUCUGCAAGUGUCUGGGUUUCUCUCCCCUCAAAUCUGCCACUGCUUGUUUAUUUCUGUUAUGAAGGAUGCCAUUUUGGUUGAUUAUAAUCAAGCGUAAUAUCUACUCAUAAACUUGGCACAAAGCAAAUGCUAGAUUUUGGCUACAGAAUUGACAGCAGCACCGGUCCUAUGGGGGCUGUUUCUAGAUUAAAUGUUAGGGUUUUCUGUUUUACUUCAUCCAGUCUAUUACUGAUGGCAAGCACUGGUUUAGAACCAGGAUUUCCUCCUCAUAUUGGAAUUUGAAUUAAUAGUAGAGUUGAGUGUCAUUCAUAUAUUGUUGGCACCAAACCACAGAACUCCAGAUGAUGUCUCCCAGCUGUUUCAUUUAGAAGAUGGAUCUUUGCAGAUGGCUCCAUAAUAAUUGGUUGGAAAGCUGUCCUCAAAGAGUUGUUCUCUAUAGAUGUGUUUGGAAGGAGGCCUCAUGUGGAUUGCCUCAUGGUUCUAUUCUAGGGCCACUACUCUUCAACAUUUUUCUCAGUGUCUUAGAUAACAGAGUGGAGAGAAUACUUAUCAAAUUGGCAGAUGCCAAUUUGAUAAGAAAUAGGAGAGAUAGCUAACACACUGAAAAAUGGUUACAGAAUUCUAGGUCCUGCGGUUGUCUCAAUGUUCAACUUCCAGUGGAAGCAUACAAUUCCUACACUUCUUAAUUGAAGCAAGAAAAAAACCACUUUCCUUAUAUCCCACCUUUUUCUUGAAUUUAGAGUGCAUCUACAAUGUAAAAUUAAUGAAGCAUGUCAGCUAACUGUCAUGGGUCAUGCAAUGAAAUUGUGGGAGUUGUAGUCAACAGGACUUUGGCAGGAGAAGCUAAAGACCUUUUAAAAUGACCACAUGCCGGCCCUGAUUCCUCUCUUGCCAGAACUGCUGAGAAGUUGAAACUGGCAACAUUCCUUCUUCAGCCCAUAACUGGUUUUGAGAAAGGCAGAUUGUGUGUAAUAGAGUAUUCUGGAUUUCUCCAGCUAUCCUCCACACUAACCUGUUCUUGUGGAUCCCUGUUUUUGUGCUUACUGCUCCAAGAUAUCUUACUUUGGGGGUGCAUCUACACUGUAGGAGCCCCCAGAGCCACAAUGGAUUAAACCUUUCCGCCAACAGGACUGCUUACUUGAAGGCUGGGUUGCUGAUCUUAAGGUUGCUGGUUCAAAUCCAGGGAGAGUGGAUGAGCUCCCUCUGUCAGCCCCAGCUCCCCAUGUGGGGACAUGAGAGAAGCCUCCCACAAGGAUGGUAAAACAUAAAAAACAUCCAGGUGACCCCUGGGCAACGUCCUUUCAGACAGCCAAUUCUCUCACACCAGAAGCAACUUGGAGUUUCUCAAGUCGCUCCUAACACGAAAAAAAAUCUAUACUGUAGAAUUAAUGCAGUUUGGUGCCUAUGUAACUUCAUGGCUCAAUGCUAAGGAGUCAUGAGAGUUGUAGUUUGAUGAAACAGCACUGCUCUUUAGCAAGAAAAGCUAAAGACGUGAAAUUACAACUCCUAGCAUUCCAUAGCAUUAAGCCAUGGCAGUCAAAAUCAUGUCAAAUUGCAUUAAUUUAAAAGUGCAGAUGCAUCUUGGAUCUCUGAGGGUGUCAGAGCUACUCCCAACAAAACUACAGUACUGGGUUUAUCAGGGUUUUUAAAACCAAGCACAACAGUAGUUAAAUAGAUUUGCCAGUGAAUUUACAUAAGACCUGUUUUCCUUGGGGAGUGACAGUCACCCUCCUGUAGCAAUAAAGGAGAUAUGGGGAAAGUGAAACUGAAAUGUACCUUUGCUUCCUAAUGAGCCAUGGCCGCCCGUCCUGCAUCGAAGCCAUCCUCCAGAUCAAAAGGCCGCACCAGACCCGCUGUCUGUGCCCUUUGCCAAGGGCCCUACAGAAUCCCUGUGGUCUUCAAGGGACAGAAAUUCUGCCGUUUCUGUUUUGAUCACUUGAAGAACGAGGGAGCGAUUAACCAGCCGUCCCUUGAGGAUGAUAGCAAGGUGAAGAGAGAGGAGGUUGGAAAGGAAGAGAAGGACACCAAGGAGAAAGAAGUAUGUAGUCAGUGCUCUGAACAUGGCGAGAACCUGAUUUGGUUCUGUGUUCAGGAAACCAUGCUCCUCUGUGAAGUUUGCAAGGCAUCAGGAGACCACGCGCCUCACACUGUGGUACCUGUGGAAGAUGCUGCCCAGGAAUAUAAGGGGAAACUGAAGCAUGCUGUAGAUUUGCUCAAGCAGCAUCUCGAAGAGUCUGAGAAGCAGACAUACCAAGAAGGAAAGAAAACAGCUAUUUGGAAGGAUGCAGUGCACAGCCAGAAAGAGAGGAUCAUGAGUGAGUUUUACAAGCUGCAUGCGUUCCUGGUUGAUGAAGAAGACAAGCUCUUGAAAGAGUUGAAGGAGGAGAAAAGGCAGACCCUGAAGAAGCUGCAUAAGAAUUUGGAACAGCUCUCAGUGCAAAGAUCCUCCCUGAAGCAGCUGGUUGCAGAAGUCAAGAGGAAAAACCAGCAGCCAGACACAGAACUCGUCAAGGAUGUCGAAAACAUCUUAAGCAGAACUCGAAAUGUGACCCGAGUGGAAACAGAAACAGUUUCUGUAGAGCUGAAGAAUGUAUAUAAUAUUCCUUGCAUUGAUGUUAUUGAACUUCUGACAAAAUUCAAAGUGGACAUAACUCUGGACCUUGCCACUGCUCAUCCCAGCCUUGUCAUCUCAGAGAACAAGAAGAGUGUGAAACAUGGAGGACGACAACAGCCAGAACUGCUUGCCAAAGAGAAUAAUGCAGAGAGAUUUGACACUUACUUCAUCGUUCUUGGCUCUGAGAGAUUCACUUCAGGGAGGCACUACUGGGAAGUGGAAGUGGGGGAGAGUACAGAGUGGGAUUUGGGAGUCUGUAGGGAAACUGUGACCAGGAAAGGGCAAGUGAGCAUAAUGUCCCCCUUGAGCGGGUUCUGGAGACUUUGGCUUCGGAACAGAGACCAGUACAAAGCUGUGAUCUCCCGUCCAACAUUGCUCCCUAUGAAGGUGAAGCCAACACGGGUGGGGAUUUUCCUGGACUAUUCAGAAGGUGAGGUUUCUUUUUACAAUGUGACAGACAAGACCCACAUUUACACAUAUGUGGGGACCUUUUACACCCCCUUGCGGCCUUUCUUUAGUCCCAGCCAUUAUCAGAAAGGGGAGAAAGCACAUCCCUUAGCUAUCUGUCCAGGUCCAAGGAAUGAUACUACUGGGAGAAAGGCAAACCUAGAAGCAUAGGGCUGGAAGAGAACCCAAGGGCCACCUAGUCCAACCCCAUUCUGCCAGGCAGGAAGAUACCAUGAAGACACUUCACAUGAGUCACAGAAUCCUAGAGUUGGAAGAGACCACACGGGCCAAUCCAAAAUCCUGCCUACCGAAGAGACAUUUUCAAAAAAUGUAUCUGCGUACGAUAAUGGGUUUUCUCUUUACAUGACAAACAGAUCUUUGCCUGACUUACAUUUUACUUAAUAAAUUUGUUUGGAGGCCUGGCAUUGCCAUCUACAACA